AUGAAGCUUCAAAACGCCUGCAACUUAGCAGCGGCGCUAAGCGUUGCUUCAGCGCACACUAUAAUGCAGUCAUUCAAUGGCAAUCCAAUGGGUGACGCUAUCUACAUGCCUAGCUCUAAUAUGUAUCAGAGUGACGUGAAUGCGAACACUCUUGCCUGCAAUGGCGCGCCGGCCACCGGAUUUAGGUCUUCGUCAAAGAAAAUCACUGUUCAAGCUGGCUCAACUGUGACAGGUUUAUGGCUACACGAACUUGGAAGCACCGACUCCAACCCCGGCGCUGACACUGAUAACAAGGUGAUUGCCAGUAGCCACAAAGGUCCGGUCCUUGCCUACAUGAAGAAAGUCUCGGAUUCGACCCAAAACCCUUCCGCUGGACCAGGGAACGGCUGGUUUAAGAUCUCCCAGGCUGGGCUUAUUUCCAGCACACAGUGGGCAGUAGAUGCUUUGAUCUCAGCAGGAGGUGUCCAAAGUGUCAAGAUUCCCAGCUGCAUCGAGAAUGGCGAUUACCUCCUCCGCUUCGAGAUAAUUGCUCUGCAUUCAGCUUAUUCAUAUCCUGGUGCUCAGUUCUACGUUGAAUGUGCCCAAAUUACUGUCACUGGUGGUACCGGCACCGCGAGCCCAGCGACUGUUGCCAUUCCUGGUGCUUACUCGGGUUCCGAUCCAGGAAUUAAGAUAAGCAUAUACAACGCCCAGGGGACCCCUUAUCCUUCGAGCUACACAAUCCCCGGCCCUCCCGUCUUCACUUGCCCAACCGGCUCUGAUCCCAACCCUCCCGCAACAACCUCACCAGGCAGUGGAACUGGCGGCGGUUCCGGGACUGCGGCGAAGUAUGGUCAGUGUGGCGGUAUUGGUUGGACUGGUCCUACUACGUGUGCUUCUGGAUCCACUUGCAAGGCUUCGGGUGACUAUUAUUCACAGUGCCUUUGA